AUGGCCGACCUCGUGAGCUAUCUGCUGUCGGAUCCGCUGGUCGAUGACGACGGCGCCCCCCUGGAUGACAGAAAGUGCGAUGCAAGUUUACGCAGACUUGUGGAUCACAUGCGAAAGCUCAAGGCUCAGGAUGUGCCGCAACAGGCGGUCCUGGCGCAACAGGUGGCGCUGGUCCUCAACUUCCUCACACACUUCGAUCCCGUCCAGGUUCGCUAUGUCGGUCCCGAACUCCAGCAGCUGUUGGUCUGGCUGGCCAACUACUAUGAUCACUCCAAAGAUGUAUGCCCACCUCCUCGGUGCCUUAGCAAUCCCACUAACGUCUCUGUCAGNGCAUCCGUCAUUCCCUACAUCGCAACUGCCAUCCUUCGUCUAGACCCCGAGUCCAGCACACUCACAUCCAACCACCUUCUCCUGCUGCGACUAUGUCUGGCAGCCCGUCUCCCUCGUCAGGCCCUACCCAUCCUUGACAAGGACAUCUACAACCUUCCUACCGACCCACAAAAGGGCGUUGACGACCGUCUACCAUGCGCCAACCACGAACUCAGUGCCACCUUCAUCACAAAAUCCUCCCACAUCUCAGCACCACUCACUGCUUCUGAUGUCCACGAGUUUUACUUGUUGGGCGCACACGUCUACAUCGGCCUGCAUCGCUACACUCGCGCCCGUCUCUUCCUCGAGCUCGUCCUGGCUUCACCAACUCAGAAUGUCGCAACUCCCUUGAUGGUCGAGGCCUAUAAGAAGUCCAUCCUCGUCAGCUUGCUAUCUACCGGCUCUCUCACAUACACCAAGACUUUGAUCAGCAACCAAAUGGUCAAGACUUACUCCAGUCUAUCCAAGCCGUACGAGGUGCUCGCAGAUAUAUUCAAGAGACGUGACGUCCUACGUCUCGAUGCUGAGAUUGCUGCUGGCACUGCUGUUUGGGACGAGGACGGCAACACAGCCAUCGUCAACCAAGUUGCCGAAUCAUUGCGCAGAUAUCGUGUCAUCGAUCUGCAAAAGACUUAUGCCGCUCUUCCCAUCGACACGAUCGCAGUCCACCUCAACCUCACCCCGCCAGCCACCACUACUCUUCUAAGCACCAUGAUUCGUGACGGCCACCUGAAUGCGAUGCUGCCUCCACCCAUCGCCGGCGCCGAAACUAAGCCCGUUCUACGCUUCCUCUCACACAACCCAAACCAGCCUGCCAUCGACCAAGACGCCCUGUUGAAUGAGAAGUCUAUCCACAUCGAGCGCCUGGCCAAGCACGUCCGCGAGGCCGAUCGCAGACUUGCCGUCCAGAAAGAGUUUGUCGAUUUCACGCGCAGAAACAAGCGUGCCGAGACUGCUGGUGCUCAAGGUUACGAAGAUCCGAUGGACGUCUACGACACACCUGAGAUCGGCGACCAAGACGAGGACAUGAUGGCCGACCUCUGA